UUCCCCGUAGCCGAAAAGGUAGAGUCUGUUCUAUAACACAAAAUAGAUAAGUAUACGAAGUUUGAAAGUCUUUCCGUACCAAAAACACUACGUAAAACAUUAAUGAAAAAUGUGGCCCCCGUUUUAAAAAAGAUCCCAAUAAUUGAAGCCAUUUUCAGACUAACACAAAUUUUAUGGAGACAUACGCAGAAAUGUAGUUGUGGGGAUGGCGAACUAACUGUAGUAGCUGCUAGGAUAAUCUAAACAAACUUACUGGGUGACAACAGGAGAGAAAGAAGUGAGAAGCAGUCAGACGGAGAAAUAUAGUGUGGAACAUGCCGAAUCGCUUAUGUUACGUGAUAGCCUAUUGCUCAGUACGGUGGGGAGGAAGGUCUUCUUGUUUAUUGUUUUAACUUUUCCGUGUUCAGACUUAAAUAGAACAAGUUAACAUUGCCACCGCCAUUUUACAACGGAUGUUUUCGUUCUGAAGAAUCAAUUCACAAAAUGUUACAGAAAGAAUAAGAACUACCAGUCAUAAAUCGAAAAACCCAGUCAUUUUCCCAGAUUCAAUAUGAAAUUGCCUGGAAGAAAACUGCCAGAAGUGGAAACGUUUUAUUCGUUGAUUUAUGAGUAAAAUUUCAUAUUUUAUUCUAUGUUGGUAACUUAUGAAGUAAACCUAAGCUUCUUUCUAAAGCCAAAACAGGAAACCAAAAAAAAAAAGAACAACAUUCAUUGCAUAAAGCAUAGGAUAGACAUCUUUCACUUGGUUUACUGGAGUUGUUUAAUGAAAAUAACUUUUAGAGAUGUCUACCUUCAUUUGAAUGCUGACAACUAGAUAAUCAGCAUCCAGGAUGUUUUAGUUUCCAUCAAAACGAAAAUUCCUAACUUCGUUGUUUUAGUGAUGUAUAUGAACAAUAGAUAAUUUAAUUUUUCACUUAAAUUUGAUAGAAUCAAAUAUAUGAGUUUUCCUGAUUUAAAGAAAAAAACGCUAUCAGUAAUCGUUCAGCCCAAUUGACUUCUAUCUAAGCAGCAAUUUAUUGUUUUGAUAUUAAUGCCAUUCUCAAAUACAAUUUGCAUCAUUAUGUGAAGUGGAAAUAUAUACAGGAAAGAGAAAAAUUGCAUCUCGACUUAUACUCGACUUAUACUCACUGAAAUCAUGCUGCAUACUCUGUAGAAAACAAUCGUUAUACAUAUAUAUAGUACAGAUAAUUAUUAAAUACUGAGAAAAUGCCAAAGUCUAAAGGAAAAAGCAAAAUAUUGGCGACCAAAUUGACCGAAGGUCUUGGAGAAACGUGUAAGAAAAUUAAAGCAAAAAAGCAAGUGGCUAGAAAACAGACUAUUUCCAUCAAAGACAUAUAUUAUCCAAGGAUAAAAGAAUAUAAGGACAAUAUUGAGAUGAUGAUAAACAAUAUAGAUAGAAAAUGUAUUUACUUGGAAAGUAUCGGAUUAGAUAAAUAUCGUUUUCUACGAGAUGUCAAAAAUAGAUUAGAUAUUCUGGAGGGGGAUAUUAACAAUCAUGAAUUUAUUGUUUUCCCAAAACUGAAUUGGUUUCUCGAACGGCUUUUUGAAAUCUAUGUAAGCAACAAUCAUUCUACGUACAAGAACAUAGCAAUGCCAACGCCAUGCAGUAAAUUUCGUCAUCUCUCUUCAGUUGUCUCAACAACACCAGUGUUUCAUGCUUCUGGUGAAGAUUCCCAGAACUUAAUUACAAAUAUUGUCGCAAUCUACAAUGGAAUAGUAACCUAUUCACCGCAUUUAAUGACAUUACGCUGUACUACAGCGGAUCAUGACGACCACGUGCUUCACUGUCCUUCCCAAGUCACUGAUAUUGUUAAAAUUUGUAGAAACACAGUUAUGGUGACAAUUCCGUUUCGGAAAAAAAUUCUAUUCUUCAGUCCUUCUUCUUGCACAAUGAAAACUUUUCAAUACGGUUUUAAGAAGAUUUCCUAUGUAAAAGAUAAUGAAUUUGUGGGUGUGAAACUCUUUAGCAAAAUAAUAUAUCUCGUAGACUGGUAUAAUGAUACAAUUGAAAGCAAAUUUAGCCUAAAAGAUGAACCUACAAGCAUUGCAAUAGCAGAAUAUCGCCUCUUAGUCACAUUUACUAAUUUCAAUCAUAUUUCUUGCUACAACCUCAAUGGUCAUCAAUUAUUUCAAUUAUACGGCCAUUCUUUAGAUUCUUCACCAGCCAUCACCGUUUAUCGUAACUAUUUUUAUGUCCUCCAAGGUAAUAUUAUUCAUAAAAUUUCUCCUACUGGUGAUGUAUCACAAAGAGAAAUUGGAAUAAAAGCCCGACAUCUUACUCUUGGUAAAAAUAUUAUUAUCUUGUCCGACUAUUUAGGUUUUGUGCACAUUGUUAGAACAAACAAAGACUUUUGGCCAAGGACAAGCUAUUUGCAGAAGUUUCAAACUCCAGUUUUAAAUAAUCAAAUUUAUAUAGACGAUCCAGGCUAUAUUCAAUGGAUUUUGCCUAUAUCAAGAAACUCUACAUUAUUUAUCUGUUCACGUCUAAAAGCUGUAUUAUUCACAGAUAAUGGAAAAGAAAUCCUCGAAAAGACUUGUAAUUUCCAUUUCCAACCUGAUGUCUUUUGUAGAUUCAACUCGAACACUUUUCUUAUUCUGUUUAGGGAACAGAAAAAGAUUCAAUUCAUUUCGUACUCCGUUCACUACCCAAUACUAAAAGAAGGUCACAUCGUAGACGUCCACUUUGAUUACAUUCGAAUGUGUCAUAUGAUAUUAGAUAAGGUUUUGGCUGUGACCACAAGUGAAACUAAAGAGUUACAUAUCAUUUCCAUUAAAAAUGACAACGUUAUAAUCGAAAACAAAAUUUCAUUGGAACAUGUUGAUGUCACCAUUGCUGCGACUCCACUCAAUUUCAUAGUUGGAGAUGUGAAGGAAAAUAAGCUGCUUUUUUAUUCAAGUUUUGGGGAGAGGCUCUUUGAAAAACAACUGGAUUUCGACUUUCAUCACAUCUACUCCGAUAAUUUACACUUUUAUAUUGUGCACAGUAAAGGUUACUUUCUCAAGUGUUACAAUAUGUAUGGGGAAGUCAAAUGGCGAUUACAAUUUCCUUGCGCUGCUCACUCUCAAAUCGGUGUUUUCCAAGGAACUUUUUCUGUGCUAGACGUUAAGCUCAAUAGAGUUCUUUUUUACAAGUAUAAAGAAUGGUCCAGUUGUCAUUCAGAUUUAGUAGAUCCUUACAUUCAAAAUAUAGAUUUACGAGAUUCCUAUGAGAAUAAGAAAAUUCUCAUCGCAGAUAUAUGUCUUCUACCAAAUGGACAGCUGGUCGUAUCAGACAUGAACAAAUCUUGCUUGUUAUACAUUUCCAAUGAUGGACGUGUUAUGUCUACAUUAUUUCUGCCGUCCUUAGCUACAGAUAUAUGCCGAUGGGAUAGUAGCCAAAUAGGAGUAACAUUACCAUUGGAGAAAGAAUUAAGGGUUAUCGGAAAUCUAUCGAAACGAGUUCGAAGUAUAUCGUUAAGUAAACCUUAUGUAUGUGUGCGCAAAUUCGGUAACGGUCGAAUUCUUUGCUUUUGUGAUAAGCCAUGCAAUUUAGAUAUUGUAUCGAUUCAAAAACACAACCAAGGGGAAAUCAUUUCUACAAUUAGUGUCCCUUUCGUUAUAAAGUCAUUAGCCAUAGAUGACGAAGCAUUUAAUGUGCUGAUUGUUACUAAGAAGAAAGUAUUUGAGUGUAAAAUCUCAUCAAAAGCUGACUCCACUCUUUUACCCACCAACUUCAAACCUCAGUGUCUUCUGCGUGGCGGAUGCAUUGAUAAAACUUGUGUUUAUCUGAUAGACGAAAGUCGACUGUUUGCUUUAAGUAAGCAUAAUUUGGAGAUGAAGGAUCCUCUGACCAGGAAUCAGCUUAACAAGUUCAUUGAUCACGUCGAUGUACUUUCCAGAAACAUUUGUGUAACUGAAAUGCUGUCUUCGAAACUAUAUAUGCAGGAUCUGGCAGUUUCUGAUCAAUCCCGGGAAUGCUUGGUCCCUCGGUGUUUAGGAGACGAAAAAACAGUGAACAUUCUUUGUUCAGUUAUUACUGAAAACAACUUGAUUGCAAUAUGCGAUCAAAAUAAUAUAAACGUAAAGGUAUUAACUCUUGAUGGGAAACUUCUUGACUCAAUCAAACUGGACGUUUUACCCAUUCGAAUGUGUCGAUGGAUGCCAAACACAUUGGCUAUGACAACUACUGCAAAUCAAUUGUUGUCAUUAACAGUUGAAUUUCCACUGUCCUUUACCACAUACCAGGUGGAAAGAAAAUAUGGGUGUAUCGCUUCUUUCUCAGACAAUCAAUUAGUUUGUAGUAUUCGUCAAAAUAUGCAGACUAAGAAAGGUCCCGUAAUAAUAACAGUAGGAAUGGGAACGAAUUUUUGGGACGAUAAAACAAAAGUGCCUGCCCUUCAUAUCGUUGAACUACUUCCGACAUUCCGUGUAAUAAAAGAAAUAGAUUUAGAAGGGAACGAAGUGAAUAAUGGCUUAUUUGAUAUCGCAGUUAAUGUUGAUGAUGUCAUUAUCGUCUACGCUGCAGGGUAUCGUUUAAUCAAGAAGUUUAUCCUUUUUAUGAACCGCAAUGGCGAGCGUUUGCAUAGUUUUUGUCCCUUGGUGUCUAUGAGAAGUGCGUGUUUAACAAUCAACGACGCUUAUGUGUUCGCUGCUCUACAGAAUUCAAACGAUGAAAAUAUUCGCAUUGUUUGUUUGACACACACUGGCAAAUACAAGAAAAUAUUUUUAAAUUCAGAACAUUGUACGCGUCCAUUUAAUUUCACCAGUAUUAGCUGCAAAGGUCCAAAGUUUGUUGGAUUUGACAAAGACUAUUUAUAUACUGAAGGUAUGCUUAAAUUAAAUCGGGAAAGUUUCCACGUUUGUCAGCUAGUGACUGACCUAUGUUCUGUUCAAAUAAAAGAUAUCGAUAUUUCUAUGGAUGGAAAGACAGUUGUGAUUGAAAAGGGCAAUACUGGAAAUGUUAAACUGUAUCAGAGAAAUGGGAAGCUGCUAUAUCACACAGAUCUUGAAACUUUAGUUGGUGGUGUGUGCUUUUCAGACGAAAACUACAUAAUAGUCACAGUUCCUGAUAGACAAGAAAUAUUUCAACUGAGCCAAGAAGAUUUGGGAAGGUGUAAGGUCUGGCAAACUUCAGUAUCUUAUGGAUUAAUACGGAAAAAAAUAAGAAAUACUUACUAUUGUGUACUUACUAAUUUGGCUGAAUAUCAUACCAUACAGAUUGAUGACGACCAAUUGAAAGUUCUGAAAUGUACGUCAAUAAAGCUUGGUUCUGUCCUUCAUUUCUCUUCCAGUUCGGAUACUAUAACUCAGAUAACUAAUAAGAAAGUGACAGUUGAUCAAUUGAGAAGUAGAUCAAGGGAAAUUGUUGAAAGAGGCCUAAAAGUAAGACGUGGUAAUUACAUAGCAAGUUGUACAUUGAAGAACGAUCAAAUAACAAUUAGGAGGUUACCUCAUAGAACCAAGAUGUUUCCAAUUUCAACUACAGUUUUUGGUGAUCCAAAUAGUGGCAGCGACUUCGGAAUCUACAAAAACAUACAUCUAAUUAAGUUACAAGAGGAUAUAGUUGUACUGCUAUACCAGUUUACUCUUAUUGUGGCCACAGUAGAAGGUGACAUACUUCAGCAGAGAAAAUUUGAAAGAAUGCCACUUGACAUAUGCUACUGGUCGGAAAAGUGUUUCGUUGCCGUCUUCUGUGACGUUAAAGAGCUGAUGUUCUUCAAAAGUGAUCUGACACUUUUAAAAACCAUCAACACGGAAAAAAUAUACAGCAUGAUUCAUAAAAAAAAUACUGGUCGAUUGGUCUGUGCAUAUGAAGGUGAUCCAAAUCGGAAACAGCGUCCACAUCUGCCAUCCUCGUAUGUAGAUGUACUUCACAUUGACGGUGCAACGUAUGAAUACAGUUGUGAAAUGGAUUUUGGAAUGGAUACAGUCACAGCAAUUGGUGUCACAUCGAGCGAAGACAUCGUUAUUCUAAAGCAAAGUGAAUCAAGUGAAAGUCUUUGUUGGUAUAGAGAUGGAUUGGUUAGGCUUCUCGACAUACCGUUAAAGAGGUUUCCCAGACGAAUAGCAAUACACGGUGAAAAAGUGUACAUAACGGAAAGAGAGAGUGAUAUUUUACAAGUAACAUUGGAUACUCCACUGGAAACUUACGUCAGUCUUGCUGAUAUUGAAGUCUACCUUAUAUACGAUAUACAUGUUACAGAGGGUUCUUUGAUUCUUCUAGGAGGUUUAGACAACUAUUCUUGUGCAGUAUUUUGUUACGAAACAUGAAUAUUUUCACACUUUCUGGUGUUUUUUGUUUUUAUAUUAUCGAUUAUUUUUCUUUGCAAACGUUACUUAUAGGGAGUAAGGAAAGUGGCUUAACUUUGAAUCAGCAAAACAUCAUAUGCAAUACUUUCCUGCAUGCUAUUGCUCUCUGUCUUGUGUGUGUGUGUGUGUGUGUGUGUGUGUGUGUUUGUCUGUCUGUCUGUCUGUGCGUGCGUGUGUGUGUGUGUGUGUGUGUGUGUGUGUGUGUGAUACAGACAGAGAGAGAGAAACGAGUAAAAUUAAAGUAACUCUCCUAUAUAUAAUUGUCUCAAGUUCCGGGUCUCCUGGAGCCGGUUACUCGGUUUCCGUGGAGGAUGAGUAACCGAGAUCACAACAUUCACACUGAAUGGGACACCAGUACAUCGCAAAGUUACUCAUUCUGAAGCUGAAUGAACUGGGGUAACAUAAGAUGAAGUGUUUUGCUCUCGAGAACACAGCGUACCACCCUGACCCGGGACUUGAAACAAUAACCUUGAAAUUGUGAGUGUAACAUUUUAACCACUAGUCUGCAGUCUUUCAAAUGAAGUGAACGAUUGGAUAUGACCUGGUUUUUGAGCAUUAAGCUAAGUUGAUGCAGUUUAUUUUGCGUUUUCAUCGGCCGAAACUUAUCUAAGUAAUCUAAGAACAAUUGUGGAAAAAAUAACCGUACCCAAGAUUCGAAUCAUAUUUAAUUAAUAGUGCCAUAUUCUCUCCAUUUGUGUUAUAAACCCAAAAGGAUUCUAGAGUUAACAAAUGUGUAAGGUAAAAAUACAUAUUCUUCUGUAGUAUUAAUUCAUAUUAGCUGGACCCGUGAAUGUUUCACGUAGAAGGUUGCCUCGACAAAAUUCUUGUAUAUAUCAAAGAUAGUGUCGCAUUCAGUGUGAAUGUUGUGAUCUCGGUUACUCAUCCUUCACGGUAACUGAAUAAUCGGUUCUAGGAGUCCUGGGAUUUGAAACAAUUAUAUUUAAGGGAGUUACUUUACUUUUAGUCAUUAUUUUAAUGCAGCGCAACGCGGGAAAUGCAAAAAUACUUUCUGGUGUGGACAUAAGAGUACGAUAAACUCAUCGUUUUUUUUUUUGUUAUUUUUUGUGAAAUUUCAUUUUGACUUGAUCAAUUCCUCUUCAAAGAACAUAUUUGUCAUUAACGGCUGUUUAUGAUUGGAGUGGAUCAAAUGAAAGGCAACAAUUGAGGUGAUUUGAUAUGAAUGCAAUAAUUUGAUAUUAAUAUAUGUAUAUGAUUUUCUUAUAUAAACAAAUAUAUACAUUCUCUGAAA